CAGAAACAGGUAAUGCUAACGACUAGUAGUGUCACUUAUGUAUUUACACACCCAUUUAAAACACAACCGGAUCAGCUAUUCAUAUUAUUAAUGUUUAAUCCUGAAGUUAGUACAGCACAGGAAUAUAAAGAAGAGGUAUGUUCACCAAAAGAAAACUUCUCAUCAUUGGUGGAUUGAUAAUAGGUGGACUGUGUUCAUGGGUAAUAAUACCUAACAGUGUCAUAAGGGUAAUGAUAAACAAAAAAAUGAUUGCUAUGAAUUUAAUAAGAGAGCAUGCAUCCGUCUAUAAAGAGUUGUCAAACAAUCCACAGGCCACACCAGCGACUACAACCAAAUCGUUAAAGUUAUCUACUUCCGGACAAGAUGGUUUGUCCGAAGAAAUGAAAUCCAUCCGCCAAGACUGUGGCGACCUCUGUAAUACAUCCAGAAAAGGGUCACCAGGACCGUAUUUUGAUCAUAUCAACGCAACAAUAAAUUGUAAUGCAAUAUUAAGGAAUGCAUAUGUAGACCGGGGUCAUGGACUAGCUCGUGCACCGCCAGAAAUUCCGAAAGAGCUUAUGAAUGAGUUUAGUAUGAAUAAUCGUAUACCGGUGAAGAAGUGGUAUAUCAGCAACAUAUAUUUAGGUAAAAAAGCGUCGAGUCCAAUAUGGACAAAUAAAACAAUUGAAGAUUGGAUAAUUCUAGCAAAAGAAGGUAAAUUAAAGGGCAAUUACGGUGUAGGAGAAACAAAUGCUCUUAGAGAUGGAUUAAAACAUGCACCAGGGAUUAAAGAUGGUAGGGUUCUAGUAAUAGGUUCAGAGAUUCCAUGGGUUGAGGCAUGCGUACUUGAAGCAGGAGCACGUGAAGUUGUGACAUUAGAGUAUGGCAGUAUCAAAUCAGAACAUCCCAAAGUGAAAACUAUGAUCCCCCUGGAUUUUCGUAUGAGCUUUCUUAACAAUACUUUAGGAACUUUUGAUGGUAUUGUUACAUUUAGUUCUAUCGAACACUCAGGAUUAGGGAGAUAUGGGGACGCUUUGAAUCCCUGGGGUGAUAUUAUUGCCAUAGCACGAUCCUGGUGUGUAACCAAACCUGGAGGCUCACUUACAAUAGGUGUGCAGUAUAAUUAUGAUCAUGAAUAUCUUCAUUUUAAUGCUCACAGAUGGUAUGGUAAAAUAAGGUACCCAUACUUAACAACAAAUUGGAAACAAUACUACAGAGGCCAAGGUAGUCAACGCGUUCACGUUUUUACGAAAUAAAAACAAGAAAAAGAAAUUCGAAAGUUUGCAGAUGAAAUGAACUCGAAAAUACCAUGUGAAAUAACUUGAAAGGAACAACUUAAAUUGAUAAUUCCACCUGGAGAGUCAAUCUAUUUAAAUAAAGAUCUCUGAUCUACUUACCCUCUUAUGGGAACCCUUGUAUCGAUAGAUCUUAAUUUUAAUCAGCUGUCCAAUAAGUAGAACGGACACUUUUAAAAACUAAAGAUGGAGUGCUCUAAAAGGGUAAGAAUUUCCACAACUUAUCUGCAAUUCGGAUUCUGAUAUCAAAUCUGAUAAACUGAUUUUAUAGUUCGAUCUUAUGUAGUACUGUCACUCCACUGUCCAAGGUUAGGGGUAGGUUGGGAUCCCGCUAACAUGUUCAACACCGCCAUAUUAUAUAUGUAUGUGCCUGUCCUAAGACAGGAGCCUGUAAUUAAGUUCUUGUCGUUUGUUUUUUUGCUGUUUUUCAUAUUUGUUUUUCGUACAUUAAUUAGUUUGUAAAUUUUCUCGUUUGAUUUAUUUUACAAUGGCCAUUUCGGGGCCUUUAAUAGCUGACUAUGUGGUAUGGGCUUUUGGUCAUUGUUGAAGGCCAUAUGGUGACCUUUAAUUGUUAAUUUCUGUGUCAUUUUGUCUCGUAUGAAGAGUUUUCUCUUUGGUAAUACUACCCCAUUUUCUUUUUUAUAUUUAUAUAUUUAAAGUGCCAUAUAGAUGCCGACGUCAUUAAAUUCCAUUAUAUUUAUAUGUAAAGUGCCAUUGCCGUCCUCUUAUUUCAUUUCCGAGUAAUAUUAUUAUACUAACAGUAAUGUUUGAUAGAGUUACUAUGCAAAUAAAAAAUCUUUCAAAAUUUAA